UGCAAUCUACACAAGUGUCCAAAGUGUCCGAGUAAAUAUUGCUGGUAUUUCAAAUAUUUUAUUUAUACACAUUUUUCUCAAUUGGCAGGUGUUUGACAUGACAUUUCUUGAAAAGAAAUCGAAGUAAACGUGUAGCAACAUGUCAGCGGUAUAUCCAACUUUACCAAAAUUGGCAGUGAGAGACAGCAUGGAUGAUGAUGAUCUUACCGACAUUGAUGAUGAGGUAUUCAUUAGGGAUGGGAAAAACGGUGGAUUAAAGUUAGAUGACGAUGGCGGAGUCAAACGACCUUUAAUGGCACCACGCAGAAAAUGCAAAAAGUCUUGUAACUUCCAGACCCAUAAAUUCCCAUAUAAAGCACUUUUCCUGCCAUUGUGCUAUGGGAUGAUAGUAAUUUUAAUAUUAGGUUUAAUCGUACUUUGUACAUUCACCGCAAAUACAUUCCCAAUGCCAUUAACUAUAUUGAAAAAUUGGUUGUCACAUGAGCUAAAGGAUUCUGUAAACAAAUCAGAGAUAAUUCCAUGUACAUCGCUCUCGUCAAAAGUUUUGUGGACCAGAUCAUUGCCAAAAUUAACUUCUGAGGCUCCUCUUAGAAGCAAUGAUGUCAACUCUGAUGGAAUUGAAGAUAUUAUUGUGGGAUUUAGCACAGGUUUGGAUACAAUGGAUGCUCCAGAAUACAUUUGUACUAUAUAUUUUGAGAGACAAAUGCCGUGUUUAGGCGGUGUACUGGCAUUGAAUGGCAAAACGGGCGAAACUAUUUGGACACAUUGGACUGCUCAUGCGAUAUUUUCCGUUGACUGUGGCGUAGACUUGACAGACGACAAGAUUAAAGAUUGUGUUAUAUCUGGACGCGGUGGGAUACUACAAGCCAUUAAUGGUCAUGAUGGUUCCCUCAUAUGGGAAAUUCCCAUUCAAGAUCCCGCGAUGUUGUCAGAGCAGCAAAGGAUUGUAGAUGUCUACGAUGCGAGAUUUAUAGCGGACGCGGACGGCGAUGGUAUUGGCGACGUAAUAGCCUCACACGCCAUGCAGUCGGACGACACCCGGGCGAGCAAUGUACUCGUAAUAUCAGGGAAAAGUGGAAAAACUAUACGCGAUGUUAAUUUACCAAAUACAGAACUGCUGUUCGUAGCGCCACAAAUUCUGGUGCAUCCUGACGGAGAAAACAUAUUUGUUCUAGCUACAAGUAGUCAGGAAGAGGCUGGUGGAUUAUACAUAGUGUCCCAAGCUAAUAUAUUUUACGGUGAUUUAGGCGAUUUGAAAUUACGAAAGCUUCAUCAUAAUACAGGAAAAGGUGCGCUGUUACCGCCGAUUUUGAUCGAUAUUACGUCGGACGGAAUCGAAGAUAUUGUCGCGGCCAUGUUUAAUUCUACGAUUAUGGCGUACAAUGGAUCAACGUUUGAGCCUAUCUGGAAUUACACGUUCCCCAAUUCGGAAAUAAUUAGCAUUCCAAUUCCUGGCUAUUACAACGACGACGAUAUACCGGACUUCAUGGUGAAGCAUCAGAUAGGUAGUGGUUUUCUUACAUAUUAUUAUACCGUAGCCACAGUAAUAGACGGCCGUAACGGACAGCCUUUGCUCGAGAAACGGAUGGAGGACGGUUUAAGUAGACAAAUGUCCGGAUUAUCGAUUACCGUGGACGGAUUUGGUAACGAUUGGUUUUUGCAUUGGUCCGCCGACUGUUUAAAUUACGAGGGGGUCAAGGAGAAAUAUCAGUUCUUGAAAGGUCAAAGUCUCGUGUCGCAAACCCGCGCGGAUCUCUGUCGAUUGAGAUUCAAUUCGACGCUCGCUACCAAGCUGCUGGCUUUGAGCCAGCACGUUGGCCCACCGGGGAUACCGCUGUAUUUCUCAGAGGACUGGAAGUUUUUGGAGUUCAACAAUUCCAUCGAUCCACGGAAAGAAGCGGAGAAGUAUUUGGACGCCCAUCCUCAAUUCGAGAUCAUGGACUCUUACGCAGACUUGCCGCUCGUUUCCGAGAGAUCGCCGAAGAUGCACAAAAACCAUCGGAAGGAUAGUAUCUUCAAGCAUAAGGAUAAUUUACUCGCAGAAAUUGGCAAGUACGACUCGGAUGCGGUAUACGAAAACUUUAAUGAAUUCAAGAGCCACAAAAAGCAUAAUCCCGUUCAGGACGACGUCGCAGAAAAUCUGGAUUUGGAGCAAGCGUGGAAGCACGACAAUGAAUGGACGGGAGAUAAUUUACCAUCAGAUAAAGAGUAUGACGGCUUAUACGGAGGUGUUGAUGGUAACAACGAAGACUCGGAACAAAAUGCAGAUUACUCGCAAACCGAAAUGCGAGAGCAGAGGAGCGUCACUGCUGGAGUUGAAAGUUCGGUAAAUAUUUCUCACGGAGAACAUGACUCCAAAGAAAUAAGCGAUUACUUAAUAUUGUCCGAGUCGACGCAACGUAAUACGCGAUUGAAUAACGAGGAUAUUGAGAAGAAGGGAAUGGAAGAAUUCAGCAACAAAGAAAACGACUUAAUAAACAAAACUGAUACGAUGAAUGUAUCAAUGAUGUUAAUUCCAAAACUUCAAGAAGAGACAUCGUCAACUGUAUCGAACGACGAAUUGAGUAUCAAUGAAACUACUACAAUACAAAGCUCAUUAAAUGCAUCGGUCACCACAAGCGAAUCGAUCGGAACGAAUGCAAAUCUCAGCUCUGAAAUGCCGGAAAGCGCACACACUGAAACGUCAAGUGUUACGAAAGGCCAAAUAAUUACCGGUCAUCCAGCUAUAACUGUCACUACUGCUAAAACUGCAGAUGUGACGCAGCGAAAACAGAUUUAUAAGCAUAGUUUCCCCAAUAUUGUGCAAGAUGCAGACGAUGAUGCUAGUAUAGAAAAAGUGUUCAAACGGGAGUCGCUAAAAAAUCAAAAUAACGGCAAAAUUUAUAAGAAGCAAUCGCUGAUAUUCUCAUCGAUAGCGAAUAAAGAAUAUAAAAUUCGACAAAAGCGGAGAACGAAACUGAAGUCUGAAAGUGAUGGUGGUAAUCAAUCGAACGGUGUCAACGGUAUUCAGAGACAGCCACCAACUGGAAUUCUCUUACCGUCUAUCGACGAAUCUAAAGGCAAGACUUCGAUAGACUUAGUGUUUUCUACAUUCUGGCUACCAGCGUCCGAGGUGUCUCUGAUCUUGUCUCAAGUAGAUUUGGAAUGUAUUCAUAGGAAGAAAGCAUUGUCGAGUAAGCUGCAGUACAAAAAGGACGAUGACAUAAUCAGCGAAUGCUUAUCCGAGCGGGGCGUUAAUUAUAGAUUAUAUCAGGAAUCAAUGGAUAGGGAAAAUACGAAAAUUGCACUCGGUCAAAUGACAAUAUACCGAAUAAAGCUGGAGUGCGUAUGUCCGGAGGACAUGUUACCUAAUCAAACUUGUAGAAAUAUCUCAUCACAUCAAAGCUGGCCCGAGCAUCUAGGUACUUCUGGAAAUGGCUACUUUAAGCCGUUACGCGCGUAAAUGAAAUAUUUGAAGAGAUUAGAUCGUGUCAAGCUACAUGAAUUAUUGAGAAAAUUCACUAUAACACUCUUACGGAGUCAUUAAUGAUUAAUGGAAUUAAAGAAUAACUUUAUGCAUUGUUUGUAAAAGUAUACAGUAACAAUCAUAAUUAUAAUCAAUUGUUAUACAAAUGUAAUUUAUAUUAAUAUUUACAUGCAUAUUUCUUCGUGGAAUAGAUAGAUAUGUAUGUAUUUGUACAUAUAAAAAUAUUGCUGUUUAUAGUCCUCGCAACUAAAAUUUCUUUGGUUUUUUUCUAAGAAACAAGUACAAUAUUUGUCUGCGCAAUUUUCUUAAAUUUACAUCUCUAUUAAGGAAAUUA